AUGGUCGGGGAGGACCAGAUCUUGAGGAUUGUUCUUGUGGGGAAGACGGGAGUGGGGAAGAGUGCAGCAGGAAACACAAUCCUGGGGAGAGAGGCCUUUGAAUCAGAACUGUCACCAUCCUCUCUGACGUCUGAAUGCCAUAAAGCAAAGGGGAAUGUUGACGGUCGAAAGGUAGCUGUCAUUGAUACUCCAGGCCUUUUUGACACGAAUUUCACUCAAGAAGUAUUGAAUAGGAUCAAGAUGUGCAUCUCUCUGUCUGCCCCUGGUCCUCAUGCCUUCCUUGUGGUUCUUCAUCUGGGCAGGUUCACCCAGGAAGAGAAAGAUACUGUUCAGAUGAUCCAGACCACCUUUGGUGAAGAUGCAGCAAAAUACACAAUGGUGUUAUUUACACAUGGAGACCAGUUAAAGAAGCAAACCAUUGAAAACUUUAUUUCAGAAAGUCCUGAUCUCAUAGCCAUCAUUCGAAAGUGUGGUAACAGAUACCAUGUCUUCAACAAUGAAAUCAAAGAUCCCAAACAAAUCUCUCAGCUCCUGGACAAAAUUGACAAGAUGACUGCAGUUAAUGGUGGAGGUUGCUAUACCAAUGCAAUGUUCAUGAAAGCAGAGGCAGCCAUAGAAAAGGAGAAAGAGCGACUCCUGAAGGAGAUGGAAGCACAGAAGCAGAGAGAGCUUGAUAAACUGAGAGCCAAAUAUGGAGGAAGGGCCACCAGAGAGGAGCGCAAGGUGCAUAUGAGAUAUCAUUAUGAAGCCAGAGCCAGAGCCGAAAAAUCAAACGACUUCACUUCAGCACCAGCAAUAGCUGUUGCAACAGCCUGUGGUGCUGCCAUUGGAGGUGUGCUUGGAAUUGCAGGCGGUCCAAUAGGUUUGGCAGUUGGAAUUGCUGCUGGAGCAGCUGUUGGAGCUACAGUUGGUGCUUUAGCAGUGAGAGUCUCAGAUCGCUGCCACAUACAAUGA